AUGAACUUGGAAGCGAGCCGACACGACGGGUGGCCCUCUCUCGGCACACAUGCGAUGGUCCAUUGGAAGCACACGAAUCAUACCGCUGCUGAAGCCGGCAUUCUUGAAGACGUCUCCAAUGUCUAUCUGGGUGGUCGAUUGUGUGCUGCUCGACAGCCGAAAAACGUCAUCGAACCGCAGGACAUCGGUUCCUAUUACUAUCGGCAUUGCUUUGCGGGACGAGGAGCCUCUCAAGCGCAAUCACCAUGUGAAGACGAUUCCGGUGACGGCAAAUCGAACGAGAUGCUGGCCAGUUGUCCAGCAUUC